CCAGAUGUAAAGUGGGGUUAACCUGGUGUUUGAGAUGCACAGUACGAGACCCUUGAAAGCUGAAUGUUGCCCGCAAGUCGUACCCACUGCGUGAUGUUUCAACAAUUCCAUGAUUUUCUAUUCAGACCAGAACGAAGUGCAAGUCGACGAUUAUUAACGACGAAUUUCAUCUUGAGAUGGAUGCAUUGUGCAACUGUGUUUCCAACCGUCCGUCUCCCUGAGAUCACGGGAGCUCCCCAAAAUGCUUGGCACAGAAAUGGUGGGGCUGCAAAGGACCUCGUCAGGAAUCUGGACAGCUCGAUUCCGCAGGUCUCUGAACAAACAAUGGAACUGAUGCGAGCUCCAUCUAUUCGUACCAUUUCACCUGCUCCCAAACCGCACAAACGUCGCCCCCAGCCGCUCGAGUCUUUGGGAAAUGGCAAGAACACGCGACGAACAGUCUGCGUCCAAUUUCAAGCUGAAACAGCCCGACCGAUCCGGCCCAUCGGAGAAGACGCUGCUCCAACUCGCCGAGGAGAGAGGCCUGUUCGACCAAGUGAAGCAGAGGGAGGACGAGAUUGCGAAGAAAGCCGCCCGAAUUCCUAUUUCCAGGUCGCAGAAAAAUGCCGAUAGAGACAAAGACAACGAAGUUGGAUUGCCGCCCUCCGUCGAGCGCGUGAUGGAGACGCUGCUCUGGUCCGUGAGCCUGGCCAUGCUACACUUCACCUUUGAUGUUCUUGUGCAGCACCAGUAUUCCAUCGACAGAAUAGUGUGGCCCAAUAUCUGGAUGCGGUUUUGCCAAGCACUGUUGGUAUUCGGCCUGCUUGUCUACGUUCUUCAUCCCCACGCCGCGAACCCCCAACUGAUUCCCGGCUUGUCUGCCCAAUCUCAAUUUGCCGUUCGGCAAGCUUUGUUCUUCACUGCGAGCAUUGUUGCCGGCUGCUAUCUGAUUCAUAUUACCAACACAUAUGGCUACCUAGCCGUCAUGAAACAGGCUCCUCCCAUCGGCUGUCUCUGGGUCUGGUUUGUUAUUGAAUUGGAGCUCCCUUGGGCUGUUCUCAGCCUCACUGCUGCAGGGACCUUCCUAUGGCAGAAGGGAUACAGUAUCAAAUAAGUCCUACGGGAGAGUUGGCAUGCAGCCUGAGAAAGCCCGCCUGUUCGAGUCUCCGAUCAACGAGGCGGAUGCACCGGCCCCAACAUCGGGCCUUGUGGGUCUCUAGUGCCUC